GACUGAAUACAGUGGAAGAAGAGCAGUACUUGAGUACAUGUGUGCUGUAACAUCUGGAGCUUUCGCUUUACAUGGAACAACCACAGCAACACCGCGACUUCCUGUACAGCAGGUCCACUUCCGGUGAACAAUGAUGUUAUGCAGGCGUCCACAAGAUAAACACCUGACUGUCCUGUCGUGUUUCCCAUCAGACUAAAGGUUGUGACACUGCACAUCUCGAAAGAAGUAACAGGUUUUGUUUACGCGAUAAAGAAGCGUGUCAAGAUGAUGACUGAUAUCAUAGUGUUGUGUUUCACUUUGGCCAUCUCUCUGUCCUUCUGGAUCAUAUCCAUAGCCAUCAGCACAUACUCCGGGACGUUGCAGCCUGUAUCUCCAUGGCGAUGGCUGUUCUCCGUUCUGGUCCCGCUUAUCAUCACCUCUCGUGCUUUUAAGAAAAAGAGUCUGGAUUUUGGAGGUUGUUUAGGAGCCAUGCUGGUUGGCUUUAUUCUCACUUUGGCCAACAUGAGCUUCCUGGCAGCUUUGUUUGCGUUCUUCAUCACCUCUAGCAAACUGACACGAUGGAAGGGAGCAAUCAAGAAACGUAUAGACUCGGAAUAUAAAGAAGGUGGACAGAGAAACUGGAUACAGGUUUUCUGUAACGGAGGCGUGCCGACAGAACUCGCCUUGCUCUACAUGAUAGAAGUCGGGCCAGGCGAGAUGGCGGUAGAUUUUUCGGCGCAGUAUUCCGCAUCGUGGAUGUGCCUGUCACUCCUGGGAGCUUUGGCCUGCAGUACAGGGGACACAUGGGCUUCAGAAGUGGGCCCUGUUCUCAGUAAAAGCCAACCCAGGCUUAUUACUACAUGGAAGGAAGUCCCAGCAGGUACUAACGGAGGGGUGACCAUAGUGGGUCUUGUAGCGAGCUUGCUUGGCGGAGCCACUGUGGGCAUGGCAUACUUCAUUUCUCAGCUGCUGUUGGUUAGAGAUCUGCACUCAGCUGCACCACAGUGGCCUCUCGUUGUAUACGGCGCUGUGGCCGGCUUACUCGGCUCGUUGCUCGACUCCUUACUGGGUGCAGUCAUGCAAUACUCGGGUUAUGAUGAAAGCACUGGGAAGGUUGUCAACUCUGUGUCACCGAAAGUAAAGUGGAUAUGUGGCAAACCCAUUUUGGAUAACAACGGAGUAAACCUCUUCUCCUCUGUCCUCAUAGCAUUGAUGCUGCCCGGAGUUGCGUGGGGCGUCUUGCCCUUACGCUGAUCCACAGCAACUGAUUUACAAUCAACGUGUGGUAGAUUCAAAUCAAUGUUUUGGCGUGAUUAACUGUGAAUAUUCAGUGUUGUUACCGUUUUAGUGAUCCUUAUUAAAGAAUUUUUUUAAAGAUA